GCAACUGGAGCAUCCACUAAUCCGGUUAUCGUUCCUCCCUUCGCGCCGAUCGCCAACGUCUGCAAUGGCCAACCACGGAGCCGCCGCUCUCCUGAUCGCGUCCCUUCUCGUCGCUGUCACCCUCGCCGAUGCCAGGGUCGCCGUGCAGGUGCGCCGCGACCUCAACGAAGGCCACGUGAUGCCGACGGGUGAUGCGAAGGCGGUGGCGGCGCUGACGUGCAGCAAGGUGCAGGGGCUGAAGUCGGGCGAGACCUGCUUCUCGGUCGCGCUGCUCGGAGGCCUGACCCUGGAGUCGUUCCUCGUCUUCAACCCCAACAUCGACUGUGGCAAGACCUUCGUCGGCCAGUGGGUCUGCCUCCACGCCUCCACUGCUUGACCAGUUGCUGCACGCACCCGUGCACCGACCACCGCUUGCGCUAUGAAUCGAGGCCUCGAGAGGGUGCUCUCCCGCAGUCCUGCUUGUACUUCCCUUGCAAAGUGUGCUUGCUGCUUGCUGCCUUUGUUUGUUUGAGAGAUGUUGCUUGGUGGUGCUAUCUGGGGUGGACUUGCCCGUCGGUGUGUGUUUGUUGUACCAAUCAGUAAAUGUUCGUCCAUGAGGUGUACUAGUGUGGCAAGUCAGUCUCAAAAUUACCAUCGUUUAACAAAAAACUCUCAAUAUAUUUAUGAUUUGUGCUGGCAGUA